AUGCUAUGGAGCCGGAGGCUAACUCAACCCCUGAUGGCCCGCGCCCGGCAGGGUCUACUCGCGCCUCGUGGGUGUAACGAUCGGACGGCGCUGUGCGUCUCCAAACGGUUCAAUUCCUCUCUUCCUCAAAAUAAUACGGGCCAGUACGCGCCAAAUCCAGACCCGACGGAUCGGGGUGACGAUGAAGGUGGCCGGGGUCGCAGCGGUGAUUCCGACCCCAAUCUGAAAUCCACGAUCCUAAAAAUGCUCGAGACGGCUGCUACGACGGCGGCGUCGAUUGUCAUUCUUGGUGCGGCGGGCUAUUCAUACCACAAGUACUACAAGUACUUGGUUCUGGACAAGAUGGACAAUGCCUUUAACCCCGGCGAUCCCGCCCUCGAGGUUGCAGGCGUUGUAUCUGGGAAGCAUAAGUACCACCACGAAGAGCACUGGGUUCCGCGGGACGAGCAGGCCAAGAUCGAUGACAUCGUCGCUGGUAAGACUGGCGGCCACUACUACCUCAUGAUCGGCGAGAAGGGCACGGGCAAGACCUCCAUGCUCCUGGAAGGGAUGCGCAAAAUCAAUGGUGCGGGGGUUGCCAUGUUCGAAGCGCAUGCGGAUCUGGAGAUCUUCCGUAUUCGACUGGGGAAGGCGCUGGACUAUGAGUUUCAUGAAGAUUACAUUGGGAGCUUGUUCAGCAUUCGGGGGCCGCGGGAUACCACUGCCCUGCUGGACAUUGAACGGGCCUUUAACAAGAUGGAGAAGGUGGCCCUGGCGAGAAGACGCAAGGGCUCGCCACCGAUGGUGCUCAUUAUCAACAGCACCCACCUGGUUCGUGAUGACCAUGAUGGACAGGAUCUUCUCGAGAUGAUCCAGCAACGGGCCGAACAAUGGGCCGCCAGUGGUCUGGUGACGACCAUCCUGAAUAGCGACGACUACUGGGUCUAUGAGCGCCUGAAGAGGUACGCAACACGGAUGGAACUCAUCCCGGUGACGGACUUGCCCAAGGACAAGGCAAUGGGGGCGCUACAAAAGUACCGCAGAAAAUUCUUCCACGAGAAUCUCCCGUCGACGCUGCUCGAGGACGUCUACAAUAAAGUGGGCGGCCGACUUUCCUACCUCAAUCGCGUCGCAAAGUCCAGCGAUAUGGUGAAAACUUGCGAAGACAUCUGUCAAGCCGAGAAGACCUGGUUCCUCAACCAGUGCUGGAUCCUUGGCAUGGAGAUGGACGACGACGUGAUGGAUCAGCAGAAGUACGCUUCUGCCGCCAUGGUGCUAGCAAAAGCACUCGUUGAUCGCGCCAAGGAGAUGGAGAAGACCUACGAUCCCGUCACAGGCCACAUUCUGCCCGAGAUCCCACUGCACGAAGCACGCGAGAUCAUGACCCGCGCCGACUUCAUCCAAUCCUACGACCAUGAAAAUAUAUUCACUAUUGACUCGCGGGCCAUGGUGCGCGCCGACUCGGUACCCAUGCAGCAAGCCUUCCAGGAGAUCUGCGCGAGACCUGGAUUUGACAAGCACUUGGAGGGAACCCUGACGCGCAUUGGCGACAUUGAGAGUUUGGGCCGCACGCGCGAGCUGACCAUCAAAGACCUGUGGGAUCAGGGUAAGUACCGUGUUGUCGUGCGGGACAACAAGGGACGAGAGAGCGGAACGGUGGAGUUCGCAGUCGCCGAGCGCGAGGAGGAAGAAAAAGACGAGUGA